AUGGCCAAGAGCGGCCGCCCCUCACCCUCCUGGGUGCCCCCGCCUGCACGGCUCUUUGUCCACUGGCCGGCAGGGCGAGCGCAAGGGCCACACCCAGAGAGACCAGACUACAGUGGGGGAGUCCGUGAGGGGCAGGAAGCCCCAGGUGGUUCGGACACCCAGGCCCCGGGAGUAAGUGGGAGCUGGGGAGUGGACCCCGACUGGGCGCCCUGGAGGAAGGAGGCCUGUGCAGAACCGCUGCCCCUCCCGCUGGUCCCGGAGCCCCAGACACGGGCACCCGGGCGGGCAGCUGCGGGCCUGCCGUCUGGGGGUGGGCUGUGUUCGCCCGUGUCCUCCACCUCCGAGGAGGAAGCCCGCCGGCCUCGCCAGCGAAGUGUUGCGGGAGUCUUCAGCCGAGCCUCCUCUGAGUGCCUGCCCCAACCCUGGGCCCCGCUGGGCGGCCACUGCCCCUCCAGCGAGGAAACCGAGGUGCAGGGAGCAGCCCCCUGUGGCUACACAGGCCCGUCUGCCCCGAGGCCCCGGGCUCCCCACAUCAACGCCGUGCGGGCCCCACGCCGCAGCCCGGAGGAGCGGCCGGUGGGUUCAGGUGGGCGCCAGCCCCCACAGACAUCGGCCCCUAGCUCAGAGGUCCUGCCUCCAGGACUGACACUGACCAGGGCCCCUGGAGCUGGGCAGGCCAGCCCCCUGCUCCCGGGACAAGCCGGAGUCACACCACACUCCAGGGAGCAGGGCGGGGGGCGCCUGGACAGCUGGGCCGGAGAGCAGAGCCUCGGCCCCUUCCCAGGGGGUGGGGGGCGCUGGGAGUGUCCCGAGACCCUCCGGCCCCUGCCCAACACACACCGAAGCUGCUUCCUUUCCGGGGAAGCCAUGGGGCAAUUUUAA